AGAAGGCUCGCUCAAAAUGGCGUACAGCCUUCCCGCCCCUGUGCCGAUCCGAUUGUCUCCUCGGCCUCUAUGGCUUCCUCCCCAUUGGAGAGAAGUACUGUCAGUCACAGGCGAGCGUCCCUCUGGCUGCCAUGACAACCAGAAUGCGGGACUGUGCUGCCUGCUGCGGGGAUAUGCCGGGGCGAGUCUCCACCAGGGGCCUCACCCGCUCCGUGGCUCAUAGACUAAAAUAUUACAUUGAUGUGCAAAGAAAAGAAGAUAGUUUUGAUUUAUCAGGAGCUAGCAGGAAUGAGGCUGAAAGUUCCAGUUUCUAUAUGCAUCCUGGAAGUAUUGCUGAACAAAAAUAUGAUCAGUGUCUCAAGCAUAAUUUUACAGAUUGUAAAUUCGAAGCAUCUCUUCGAAUGUAUACAGGAAAUUCUGAAGAAUGUGAAAGAAAAUUACAGAGCAGCCCAGAAAGACAACAGGAAAUGAAGAUCAUCAAAAAGAAAAUGGCACAAGAUGUUGUAACUGACAGACCUUUCCCGGUCUUAGUAAGGAGUACAAAAAGAACAAAGAAGUUGCACAGCUUCCCUUCCAGACUAUCUCAAUUUCCUCCUCCCCCAUACACAUCACAAGAAGAAGUCAUGAGGCUCAUUUCAUCAGCUUCAAAGCUAAUUGUUGCGGCGACUUGUGAAAUCUCUUCGGAGGAAAUAAAGAAGCUAGACUGUGCCUCACCCCAGAAGAGAAAAGAAGCUAAAAAUAGUCAAAGAUUGGACCAUUACUACAAGCAGCGUGCACCUCCUCUUGUGAUCUCUCGAGAUCCCCAUGAAUAUGAAGCUAAGAGUACACGGGAAAUGAACAAAUUAGAAGAAUCAAAUGCUGACUUUAUCCAAGAAAAUUCAAGGAAUGAUUAUGGGAAAAAUACAAAGAAAGGCAAGAAAGAAAAAAACAUUAUAAAUGUAAAUGGACAAUUCAGAGUUGAGAGAUCAUCUAACGUUUCCAGUAACUCGUCUAAACAUAGGAGUGUACUUUCUAAAACUUCGACAAGAGCAACUGAUUUAAAUUCAUUGUACUUAAGUACCAUAUCUCCAUAUGCACAAGGAACUGGCAGAAGUAAAGGUCCUAAAAAAAAUGUGCUUAAUGAAGGGGAGUCCUCUGCCUUGCACAGCUCUUCAGGGAUAUCUGAAUGCCAAGAUACAGAGCCAAGUACUGGCCGUAUAUCAGGCUUGACAAGUUUUGCUCACUCUCAGAAAAAUGAAUGCAUCUCUGGGUGGCUCUGUAAGUCAUCUGAAUUCAAAAGGCAAAAGUCACCCCAAAUGCCUAGUAGAAAGCAUUCAGGCAUCAGCAUUAGUAAGUCUAGCAAGCUUUCACAGAGAAGGCCAAUGGAGAACUCCAGGAAUAUGCCAGUACAUCAAAAAGAAAGAAAAAAGAAUGAAGGAAACAGGGAAUUAAAUGAGAAAAUAAUUCAUACUAUUUCCACAAAUGCACAAACCCCAAUCAUAAAUGAAAACACGGGAGAACAAACAGCUUCUGUUGUGGCUCUUAAAUGUGGCACUCACCACAGCCAAAAUACCACAUGUAACAGCCUUCAUCAGAGACCUCAAAGUAACCAGCACCAAAAAAAGAAGAAAGAUUUGUGUGAAUUAGCUACAGGAAAAAACACCAAAUCCCAUAAGGUCCGUUUCCAAGGUCCAUUGCUGUUUUCCAGAAAUACUGAACAGAAAUGUAACUGUGUAAACUUGAAUAGUUGUAACAUAACAAGUGACUAUGGAAUUCAAACCAUUGCUUCAGAAAGUAAAUCUUUAGGGACUGUGACACAUCUUCCAGAGAAUGAAAAUGAAGAACACCUUUCUAGGGUCACACUUGGAGCACCUUCCUUUCUACAUCAAGUUUUCCUGGAAAUGGAGCAAGAUGCAUCACCUACUUCAACUGCAUCUGAGCCUAAAGAUCUGGACAGCAGUUUAGAAAACAAAAGUAUACAACAAUUAUGUAACCAGCGUUUCAUCCUUAAUGAAUCCACAGGAGACACGAAGGUUCAGGAUACUAUCAGCAAUGUACAUACAAGUAACAUUAUUUUAACAGACCCAUGUGAUUGGCAAAUGGCACAUAUCCCACAGAAGGCUCAGUGUUGUUGCACCUGUUCAGAAGAACAACACAACUUUAUAUCUGAAACAUCUGAUGAAGAACAAGACAGUUUCUCAGAUUCAUCUGUGACAGUAACAAGUAUUUUAGGUGCAUUAGAAAACCAACAGUCAGAAGAGGAGUUCACUAUAUCAUCUGUAUCUGAUAGCCUGAGUCUUGGAUCAUUAUAUGAUGUGCAUGAACAGAUGGAAGAAAACAUUUGUGUUGACCAAAAAGAGGAGGAAAACUCUGACUCCAGCAUAGGCCAUCUUGAUGAAAGAGUUCUAGAGGAAAUGCAGAAGAUUAGCACCUCGGAGAGGCUCUCUCAGACAAACUCCUUCCAUUUCAGGCACUCCCCCUUGUACAGAAAACAGGAAGGCUCCCAACACACACAAGAGGAGCACGACCAGCACGAGGACACAGGAGGUGACCUCCAGCUGCAGAGUCAGAAGCCAGAGCUGAACCCUCCUUCCGCCAGGCAGCUCUGUACUCACAGAAAUGGGGGGUGGCAGUGGCAUAUGACCCCACAUGCUCCCCCCAUCUCACCUCUGUUUGGGGGGCCAAUGCCUCCCCAAACUACGCCCACCAGAAACCACGUGGGCGCAUGACCACUCAUGCAGAUUCCCUUUGCUUCCCCAUCACUUUCUGCUGAGAAGCAAAGAAAUCUGCAGAGGGACCUGAAUUCUGUGCCCACACAGUGGCGCAGAACUCCCCCAGGAGUAAAAGCGUAUUAAAAAAAAUCAAAGUCCCAUUGAUUUCACGGGGAGUUCCACAUUCAGAGAGCUUGCAUGAUUAGGCCCACAGAGCCUGAGCUUGCAAAGACUUACCUAUGUGCUUAACUUUACUACCAUGACUACUAGUACUAGCAUACUUAACUUUGUGCAUUGAAUUGUCCCCUGCCUUUAGUGGGACAGCUCACACCAUGUCAAGCUAAGCAGGGCUUUGCAGGACUGUGGUCACAAUUAUUCAUUUUUACCUUUUGUGAAAUACAUUCUUCCAAUGUAAUUUCCUGUUUUGAAAGAAAAUUACUGUCAGAAUUAUAUUACUACUAAGUAUUGUGUUGGCCUGUAAAUUACUGUAAAUUUAUUGUCUCUUUGAUCAUCAGUAUAUUAAAAAGCCCAAUAUAUUUGUAAUUUAUAGUAAAAAUAUUUCCUACCAGUCAAUUGGAUUUUUUAAAGUGAUAAAAGAGCUCCAAGGAAAGACUGUUAUUUUUAUACCACUGUGGGAAAGGGUCCAGCAGUCAGAUAGGAUAUUUCCUAGCACCAAAUGAAGUGGAGAUAAACUAGAAAGACAGAAAUGCUCUUAAUUCCCUUCCAAGACAGUUACUUUGUUCUCAACUGAAUAUAAAUAUGAUGCAUUUUUUUAAUUUUUAGAACAGAUGUCAAAGCUGUUGUUCAGUCUCAAUACAGUUAGCUCUAGACAGCAAUGAGGCUUCAGCAGUGCAGAUUGACUUCCCUAUAGAUGCUAAUGAUGCCUAUGGAAGCCAGCCCAAUGGAAGUGACACAAUAACAUCAUGUUGCCUUAAAUGUGACCCAGAUUUUCAAACUUGUUACCACUAAAAGCCAAGCAUUUAGUAAAAGUGUGUAUCCUAAGUGAGAUUCACUGAACACAAGACUAAUCCAGAUCCAAUUAGGCCCUGGCCCUGAAGCCUGUGGUAAAACUCACAUUGCCUUUAUUUGUACAGGAUCAAUCCUUCUGUUAGUUUCCUCAGGGUACAUCUACACUACAGCGGGGAGUCGAUUUAAGAUACACAAAUUCAGCUACGUGAAUAGCGUAGCUGAAUUCGACGUAUUGCAGCCGACUUACCCUGUUGUGAGGACAGCGGCAAAAUCGACUUCUGCUGCUUUUUGUCGGCGGCGCUUACUACCACCUCCGCUGGUGGAGUUAGAGCGCCGAUUCGGGGAUCGAUUGUCGCGUCCCGACGGGACGCGAUAAAUCGAUCCCCAAGAGGUCGAUUUCUACCCGCCGAUUCAGGCGGGUAGUAUAGACCAGACCUCAGAGCUGAAACUGACUUGGAAAUGGUGAUAUUCAAUUCUGGUAACAUUUUAACAUGGUUUGACUCAUGCGACUCUUUUCUCACAAAGUGAACAAACAUUUAAAUAUGGUAAAGAUUUUAUUUUUAGCUUUAGAUUUAAAGCAGAUUUGGCAAGUAAACCUUGUGCUUAAGUUUUGCAGCCUUAUUAGUAUAAUUCUGAAAUGGUGAAAAAGAGCAAUUCCUUAUGACAAGAACAGGCAGUAUUUAAUAUAAGCCUAACCAGUUUAAAGAAGUGUUUUGUGAACUCAACUUAUUUUCAGUGUUACUUUAUCAUAGAAAAACAGCAUUUUAAACAAGUUUUUAAAAAGUUUUAGUAAUUGAGUCUUUUAAAAAAUAACUUUAAAUACCGUGGUGCAGUUGAUUAUAAAAAUAACUAGUAAUUUAGUUUGCAUCAGGACAAAACCUAUUAUUACAUAAAUUUUGGGGGGAUUUCAUAACUAAGACUGAUGGUCUCAGAUGGGAUCAUACUUAGGUCGCUAAGCCCCUCCACAGCUGUGGCUACAUUGCUAUGUUUAGCAUGCUAGUUUGAUCAGAACUAGCAUGGAUAGGUCUCCUCAAGACUAAAUUUACAACUUCCAACUCCAAUGCAGACAUACCCUCAGAUCCUGUGAGUUUGCAGAGCCAGCCGUUAGGGAAUAUGUUUUUUAACUUCUUCACAAAAUAUGUAGCAUAUUCAAUUUAUUUAAAGCAAAGUAUAUUUUAAA